GUGUGGAUCACUCAGGAGGAAGAGUGUCUCCUUGGGCAGGAGGGGGCUGAUCUCACCAAGUUCCCACUGACUGUUGUCUCUGUGAAGACUGAAGACCAUGAAGACAAACCACCUGAGUCCUCACAGCUUCAUCACAGUCCAACGUCGGAGACCAUGAGGCAGAGGGACCUGGAAAGCAGAUGAAAAGCCACGGAAGAGUGCUGAAAAGCCGAAAAGAGAGACAUUGUGAGGAGGAGGAGAGCUGAAAAGCCGACAGAGACUUGUGUGAGAAUAUAAUUAAAAGAAUUGUAAAACGCCGAUCCAAAGUGUUGUGCCCUUUCCUGUGGUCCCAGAAGAACCCGAGACAGAGACGUCUUCACAGUGGCACCCAACAAGACGAACCACAGAAAUGUCGACAACAUCCCCGCUGGAGGCGCUGGGCCAAGUGUUGGCCGAGGUGUGAACGGCAAGCCGGCAGCAGACACAGGUGCUGCAGGCAUUAAUGGACAGAGCAGAGGCGGCGGGAGGAAUGUCCGCCAUGAAACGCAUGGUGGAGGGGUAGGACCCCCAGACAUUCCUCGAUGUCUUUGAGGCCACGGCGACAUCGUGCAGGUGGCCGGAGGAGGAAUGGGGCGCGAAGCUGCUGCCGCUCCUGGUGGGGGAGGCGCAGCGGGCGGCGGUGAGUCUCCCGGCGUCCGCUCGCAUGCAGUAUGCAAACUUGAGCUGCGCCAUACUGGAUCGGGUCGGCAGCAGCCCCGAAGACCAUCGUCGGAAGUUCCGGGCCAUGAUGUUGGGGCCAGGGGACCGGCCCUUCGUACUGGCAUUUCAACUUCGAGACGCAGCAACCCGUUGGCUCCAGCCAAACGGACUGGACCCAAAAAUGCUGGAGGCCAUCGUCCUGGAGCGAUUCGUGGAGACAAUCCCGGCCAGGACCUCCGCGUGGGUACGGUACCACAGCCCCCCGGACGUCAAAGCUGCGGUGAAACUGGCGGAGGAACACCUGGCGGUACAGAGGGAGACAACAACCAAAACGGCCAAGGGACCCACCCCAGCACCCCACCGACGACUCGCCCCGCUCUGGGGGGGGGUGGAGGGAGAGUCUCCGCAGUGGCAACCAAGCCAGCCUGAGCCACCCGGAAUCACCGAACAGGUUCACCACACGGACAUAAAAAAAGAAUACGCACCCACACACACCCAGAGACAGACGACAAGGGGGGGAACACGGGGUCAUAAUAUGUCUAUGGUUUGUGCAUUUCAGGGUACCGACGCUGCGGGGAGAGGGCUUCCCUCGCAGAUGGCACCUCAAACCUCAGGGCCGGUGUGCUGGAGGUGCGGACGGCCCGGGCACGUGCGCCGGGAGUGCUCCCUGAUGGAGGUGGGGCAGGUGUUGCGGGUUGUCGGGCCUCCAGCACCCGCCCCCGAUCGGUGGGGAGACGUACUGUGUCCCGCGUCGGAGACCAUGAGGGAGAGGGACCUGGAAAGCAGAUGAAAAGCCACGGAAGAGUGCUGAAAAGCCGAAAAGAGAGACAUUGUGAGGAGGAGGAGAGCUGAAAAGCCGACAGAGACUUGUACGUCUGUGAAGAUCAUCAUCUCCCUGAGCACCAGGAGUGGAGCUCCAGGAUGGAGCAGGAGGAGCCACAGAUCUCCCACGUUAAGGAGGAAGACGAAGAGUCACAGACUCCUCUCGUUAAAAAGGAAGAGGAAGACCCACGGACCCCCCACAUCAAAGAGGAAGAGGAGGAAAUCAGUAUCAGGCAGGAGGGAGAGCAUCUUAAAUGGUUGGAGGAGUUCCCAGUGAUUGGUGUGAUUGUGAAGAGUGAAGAUUAUGAGGUAAAAGUUGAAAGUGAGGAGAAUAUAGAGGUGGAGCCUCCAAGCAGCAGCUCAAUUCAACACAUGACAACAGAAGCUGAUGGAGACCACACUGAGUAUGAAGACUCUAAAGCUGAUAAGACAUGUCACACUGACAACACACGCUUUAAAUGUUCUCACUGUGACAAAACUUUUAAACGCCCUAGUGGUCUUAAAAGACACAUGAGAAUACACACUGGAGAAAAACCCUUUUCCUGCUCAGAAUGUGGUAAAAGUUUUUUACGAAAAUAUGUGUUGAACGAACACAUGCUGAGACACUCUGGAGAAAAGCCUUUUUCUUGUUCAAUCUGCGGUAAAAAUUUUAUACAAAGUCACUAUGUGAAAGUACACAUGAGAUUACACACCGGAGAAAAACCAAAUACCUGUUCAAUCUGUGGGAAAGGUUUUGUAAGACGUUCCAAUUUGAAAGCACACAUGAGAACACACACUAGAGAAAAACCCUUUUCCUGCUCGUUAUGUGGUAAAGGUUUUGCUCAAAUAAAUUUGUUGAAAGAACACAUGCAAAUACACACUGGAGAAAAACGUUUUUCCUGCUCAGCAUGUGGUAAAGGUUUUGCACGGACACUUUUUUUGAAAGAACACAUGAGUAUACACACCGGAGAAAAACCUUUUUCCUGCUCAGUAUGUGGUAAAAGCUUUGCCCGAAAGAUAUUGUUGAAGGAACACUUGAGAACACACACUGGAGAAAAACCCUUUUCCUGCUCGGUAUGUGAUAAAGGUUUUGCUCACAAAAGUUUGUUGAAAGAACACAUGCAAAUACACACUGGAGAAAAACCUUUUUCCUGCUCAGUAUGUGGUAAAGGUUUUUCACGGAGACAUUUGUUGAUAGAACACAUUAGAAUACACACGGGAGAAAAACCUUUUUCCUGCUCAGUAUGUGGUAAAGGCUUUGCCGGGAAGAAAUUGUUGAAGGGACACUUGAGAACACACACUGGAGAAAAACCUUUUUCCUGCUCAGCAUGUGGUAAAGGUUUUGCACGGACACAUAUGUUGAAAGAACACAUGAGAAUACACACGGGAGAAAAACCUUUUUCCUGCUCAGCAUGUGGUAAAGGUUUUGCACGGAACCAUUUGUUGAAAGAACACAUGAGAAUACACACGGGAGAAAAACCUUUUUCCUGCUCAGUAUGCGGUAAAAGCUUUGCCCGAAAGAAAUUGUUGAAGGAACACAUGAGAAUACACACUGGAGAAAACCCUUUUUCCUGUUCAAUCUGUGGUAAAAGUUUUGCACGCUCAAAUAUGUUCAAAGUACACAUGAGAACACACACAGGUGAGAAAGUGUUGAGUUGCAGUGUGUGCGGUGAAAGAUUCUCUUAUAAGUACCAGUGUAAGAAACACACGUGUGCUGGUGAGAACAGCAGUAGCAAAUGAAGUCAAAACUUUGUUAACUUUGACUUUCUAACAUCAGUACAUUUAACAUGUGUCACAUCAUUGGUGUGUAACACCAUCCAUGCAUUCAUUUUCUACCGCUUGUCCCUUUCAAACUUGUUAAUAUACUUCUACUAUUUAUAACUAGAUAUUUUAGAUUAUUGCUUUUUUCAGUCAAGUACAUGGAUUAAUAUAUAUCAUUGUGUAGUUUUAUUUAAAAUUGAACCGAACAAUUUAACUGUAAAGGUGACAAUAAACUGCACAAAACAUAUGUGACAUACAUUAAACAUAGUAUGUGUAUAUAGAUAUUAAUAAUUCACUUUUAUACUAACAAGAGUUUUAUAUUGGGACGGCGUGGCGCAGUGGAAGAAUGGCCGUGCGCGACCCGAGGGUCCCUGGUUCAAUCCCCACCUAGUACCAACCUCGUCAUGUCCGUUGUGUCCUGAGCAAGACACUUCACCCUUGCUCCUGAUGGGUGCUGGUUAGCGCCUUGCAUGGCAGCUCCCUCCAUCAGUGUGUGAAUGUGUGUGUGAAUGGGUAAAUGUGGAAGUAGUGUCAAAGCGCUUUGAGUACCUUGAAGGUAGAAAAGCGCUAUACAAGUACAACCCAUUUAUCAUUUAUAUAUGUAUUUGAAAUAACGUAGUGUUACAUAUUUUCAUUUAUAAUUGUAAAUGAUUCCAUCGAUGAACUCCUUUAUUUCCAUUUCUCCAUUUUCUACCGUGUGUCCCUUUUGGGGUCGUGGGUGGUGCUGGAGCCUAUUGCAGCUCCUUUAUUUCAUAAACAUAUUUGUUUGACAUUUCUAAUUGUAUUAUUGAGUGAAAAUGACUGCAUUUUAUUUCCAUGGGGAGCUCUGAAAUCACAGGAUGCCAAUGAUGCACAUUCCAUUUUGUUGUUUAUCCUCAAAAAAAAAUUACAUCAAAAAUCGGAUUUAUAUAUUGCAUUUCUAUCAUUUCAUCAAUACAACGAGACAUAAUACAUUAUUACACUAUUGUAAUGGAAGUUAAACAAUCUUGUUUUAUUUAUUCAGUUUUUAAAUGUACAUCAGUGCCGUCAAGUGGUUCAGUAUGGUCCCAAGACAUAGACCUUAAAGAGGAACUGUACCCUUUUUUUUGGAAAUGUGCUUAUUGUUCACAAAUAUUAUGAGAGACAAAAAGACAAAAUGUUUUUUGGGGUUUUUUUUUUGCAUUCUAACAUGUAGAAAUUGGCUGGUUCUUGGUAGCGAGCAAUGCAGCUAAUUUUAGCAAUCAAUUCUACCUCUAAAUCACUUUAAAAAUGCAUUCAAAAACUGUCAACAAUACUUCAUUUAUGUUCUGUAACUGGUAUAAUAACCAAACUAUAGCAACAUUAGUGUUGUUGGAGCAAACACUGAGGAACUCUUUUUCUAGUGUAGUAACACACCGGCGUACUUCUGUAUUAGCCAUAAUAGCUAGCUACGGAAAGAGAUUAGCUAGCUUCUACGUCAGCACAAAACGUGUUUGAGUUUUAAAAUAGCAUGGCUGCGAGGUCCACAAUUAUAAAGUCGUCACUCUCGCCCCACUCUCCCGGCUUCAGUCUGCUCCAACGUCUCACUCUUCCUUCGUGCUCGCUUCUACAAACAGCAGUUCAUCCUUUGUAUAUUCAGCUUCAAAAAUAAAAGGUUGUGAAUCCUCA